AACACUCCGCCUCCAACAUCCAGCUGUCACAGUGACAGCUAACCUAAAAGUGCCCCAAUUUGUUUUUGUGUCGUUCACGAUGAGCACCACCGAAGACAAGCCCCUCAGUUUUGCCGAACGGCAGCGUGAGCGUAUGAAGCGCCUCCGCAACUUGCACACUUUACGUAACGAAGCGCGAACGCACAACCACCAGGAAGUCGUUGCUGAAGACGCCCGUAAUAAGCUGCCUGCCAAUUGGGAGUCGCGUAAGAAACGCGCAGAAUGGAUUUUAAACGAUCAGAAAGCGCGAGAAGAGGCCGCACAGAAUGGCGAAGACUAUGACAGGAACAAGCUUCUUGAUAUUUCAGCAGUGGACGCUGAGAAGAUCGAAAAGAAGAAGAAAAAGAAGAAUCCAGACCAAGGCUUCUCAGAUUUUGAGGCGGCGACGUUCCGGCAGUACAACCGCCUGGUGAGGAGCAUGGGGCCCAAGGACAUGGAGAAGUACCAGGAGGAGAAGGAGAAGUACGGGGAGGCGUUCUAUGGGGGCCCCCAUGUCAUUAUCCACGGGCUGCAUCAGGACAGGCCUGAGGCUAUUGACAACAUGGUGAAGAAUCUCGAAAAUCAAAUCGCAAAGAGGAACAAAUAUUCGAGGAGGAGGACUCAUAAUGACGAUGCUGAUAUUGAUUAUAUCAACGAGAGAAACGCCAAGUUUAACAAGAAGUUGGAUCGGUUUUACGGGGAACACACGGCUGAAAUUAAACAGAACCUGGAGAGAGGGACUGCGGUUUAAUAAAUUCAGUUCUAUCAAAAUAAGCACUUUUUUGUCUUAAUUUACAAUAAAAUAUAUGUACAUUCACAAACUUAACAAAAGGUUGCCUAAUCAUUUACACAUUGUGUAUUUAAAUGAGCAAUUAUUUGUUUGACAACAAAUUUGUAAAGAAAAUAAAAAAAUAGCAGUUC